AUGUCGGUCGACUUCCUCCUCCACGAGUCGUCGGUGGGCUAUGCCAUCUUCAAGGUCAAGCUGCAGUCCGAUGAGGUCGGCGCACGCACGAAAGAGGUGCAGGAGGCGCAGACAGAUCUCGCCAAGUUCGGCAAGAUGAUCCAUCUCGUCUCCUUUGCGCCAUUCCAGGGGGCCAGCCAGGCGCUCGAGAACGCCAACGACGUGUCGGAGGGUAUCAUGAGCGACUACCUCAAGACCGUCCUCGAAGCGAAUCUGCCCAAGGCCGGCAAGAAGAACAAGAUCACGCUGGCUGUGGGCGACAAGAACUUGGCGGGUAGCAUCAAGGCCGGCUUCACGGGACUGGAGUGCGAGACACCAGACACGAGCGAGCUGGCGGCAGAUCUGCUCCGUGGCCUGCGACUGCACGCCGAGAAGCUGCUCAAGCAGUUGCAGACUGGCGACAUCUCACGCGCACAGCUUGGUCUGGGUCACGCAUACUCGCGGGCUAAAGUCAAGUUCAGCGUGCAGAAGAACGACAACCACAUCAUCCAGGCCAUUGCGACCAUCGACCACCUCGACAAGGCCGUCAACACUUUCUCCAUGAGAGUGCGCGAAUGGUACGGCUGGCACUUCCCUGAGCUUGUCAAGAUCGUCAGCGAGAACCACAAGUACGCCAAGUGUGCGCUGUUCAUUGGCGACAAGAAGACUCUGUCGGAAGACAGCCUGCACGAGUUGGCCGCGAUUGUGGACGACGAUGAGAGCACUGCACGGGCUAUCAUUGAAGCUGCACGAGUAUCCAUGGGUCAGGAAAUCUCAGAGACAGACAUGGAGAAUGUCAUGCUCUUCGCGAAGCGCACCGCAGAUCUGACUGCAUACCGCAAGUCGCUGGGCAACUACCUUGUUGCGAAGAUGGGCGUUGUCGCACCUAACCUUGCAGCUCUCAUCGGCGAGACUGUUGGUGCUCGUCUCAUUUCGCACGCCGGCUCCCUCACCAACCUCGCCAAAUACCCAGCAUCGACCGUCCAGAUCCUUGGUGCCGAGAAGGCACUUUUCCGUGCCCUCAAGACCAAGGGCAACACACCCAAGUACGGUCUCAUCUACCACUCUUCGUUCAUCGGCCGCGCCGGCAUGAAGAACAAGGGCAGAAUAUCACGUUUCCUCGCCAACAAGACUUCUAUCGCUUCGCGUAUUGACAACUUCAGCAUGCAGCCUACACGCAAGUUUGGCGAGGCACUGAAGGGGCAGGUUGAGGAGAGGUUACGAUUCUACGCCGAGGGCAUUAACCCAACCAAGAACGCAGAUGCGAUGAAAGCCGCCAUGGACGCCACCCUCGCAGGCAUGGACAUCGACGACCUGACCGACGCCGGCGCCGAGGACGCUCUUGCUGCACCUGGCGUGACUGGACCAGCGACCGAGCAAAAGCAGCGCAAAGAGAAGAAGAAGAAGAAGUCGAAGUCGGAAGACGUCGAGAUGGAAGACGCGCCCACGAUCGACGACAAGGCCGCACGAAAAGCGGCGAAGAAGGCCAAGAAGCUACAAGAAGAGGCCGCGGCAGAUGUCGACGAGGAGGCAGUGGAGAAGAAGCUCAAGAAGGAGAAGAAGGAGAAGAGGAAGAGCGAGACACUGGCUGCGGGAGAGGUGCCGGAUGAGCAGAUUAAGAAGAAGAAAAAGAAGAGCAAGUCGGAGUAA